AAGACCAAGAGUUCCGCAUUCCAGAGCGCCCUGCGAUACUUAAAGGGCGCUGAUGCAACGCAAACCGACACACGAACGCGCAGAAGAACGGACGAGCGCACGCCAACCGUGAGCAGAAAACGAUAAUGAUGCCCGGGCAAAUCCCUGAUCCGAUGGUCACGGCCGGUUCUCUUCCCAGCGUCGGCCCGCUGGCUGGUAUUCCUGCUACCACUUUAACAGAUCAACUGAAACUGGCAGAAUUUUACAGUUUGGGAGCUGUUCUGUCUCCUCUUAUCCUGAACAGACACGGCAAAAGACCUCUGAGCAUCAUUAAGAGCGAGACGGAUGAUGAUGAUGAUGAACGCAAGAAAAGACGGCGAGAAAAAAAUAAAGUCGCUGCCGCUCGCUGUCGAAACAGAAAAAAGGAAAGGACAGACUUUCUGCAGCAGGAAUCUGAACGGCUGGAGAUGUUAAACUCCGAACUGAAGUGUCAGAUUGAGGAUCUGAAAUCCGAGAGACAACAGCUGAUUGUGAUGCUCAACCUCCAUCGUCCCACUUGCAUCGUCCGCACAGACAGCGUAAAAACCCCUGAGAGCGACGAGCACGUCGUGGGUCACUUUAAACAGCAGUCAGACUGAACUGAUUUAAAGCGCCAUGCUAACAGAGAGAGAAAGAGAGACCAGCAGAAGAUCACGUUUCUAAAAGCAGAACUGCAGUCGUCCGCAUCGCGUGCCGGUACGCAUCUACAGCCACAGAUGAGGAAGAAAAGCUGAAGAUGAAACUUGUUAUCAAACCACAAAAGUGUUGGAACUUUACAAACUGUGUGUGGUCUGAAUGUAGCAUAACAUCCGGGAAGUGUCAAUCACUCAGCCGAUGUGGAAAAGGGAACAGAUUUGCAAGACAAACUUGCCUGAGAUCUGACAAAAAGCUGCAAGAUGGCAUCUUUCAGUUCAAGUGAUUGUAAAUGAGAUUUGACUUCCUGACUUUAAUGCCAAAUUCUCACAGCUGCCACCAGAUGGCGCUGUCUGAUAAACUCCAUUCAUUGUUCCCUGAUGCUGGCGUCUCAAUGGAUGUAUUUGUACCAAGGGUCACCAACCCUGUUCCUGGGGGCAGAUUUCAGUUCCAACCUCAAACAAACACACCUGAACCUGCUAAUCAAGUUGUUCCGGGUACCUAAAAUGUUGGAGAAGGGUUGAAAUUUAAAUAUGCAGGACAGGUGCCCUGCAGGAACAGGGUUGGAGACCCAUACGUUUUGUAUAGUUUUUUAUUCAUGCAUUUAAUUGUAAUCUGCACUUUGUUUUAUGUCAUUCAGUUUAGUUUAUGCUAUCACAACAAAUAAAUAUGUUUUUGUAUUAUUUGGAUGUCUGUUGAACAGGCACGUUUGUUACCACGUUAUAUUUCUUUGUUACAUCAAAAUAAAACUAUUUUCAAAUACA